AUGCAACCGCAUUGCCGUGUACGGCCAUCGAGGCUGGGCCAGCUCGCCAUCGUCGAUGCCCUCGUGUCCAGCGGCGCACCGAUCAAGGUGCUCUACCGGACCAGCUCCGACGUGUCCAGCCUACCACCGAGCGUCGCCAAGGCCGAGGUCGAUGUGGAAAAUCAGCAACAGCUGAUUGACGUUCUACAAGAUAAAGGCAGCACGGCUUUCGUCAGGGCACUCGCAAGCACCAAUGUUCAGUUAUUCGUGCCGUCGGAACUCGGGUUCCCUGCACGCGAUGAGGAAGGCUUGCGGGUUCCGGUGAAUAGGAAGAAGUACGAGGUAGAGAUGGCAGCUAAGGACGCUGGCAUACCCACCGCCACAGUAGCUGUGGGCUGUUUCGCUGAGUCGUCGCUAUCCAUCAGCACAAGGGACUACGUAGCCGCAGCCUACGCCUCAAUCUUCGCUCGCACGCCCCCAGCGCAACUACAGGGGCGAGCCAUCAAUCUUCCAGAGCUGAAAGCCACCGUGCGCGAAAUCGCCUCAGCGCUGAAGAAGAAGAAGCACGGCACAGACCCGCAGAUAAUUACCCAUAGCCUAGAGAAAGUCGAAGAAGAGAUCGAGAUUUGCAUAGAGCGAGGGAUCCCCCUCUCGCUGCCGUGGUGGUGCCGCAAGUCGUGGGGAGAUGGAACACUGGCAAAGGUGACGGCGAGCGACGUCUGGGAGGUUGAGGGCUACCGGAAAGCUACUCUGGAGGAAUUGGUCGUGGACGGCAAGUUGAAGCCGUGCCGGGAUAUCCCUCCGCAGGUGGUAGAGGCAUUCGACGCUACGUUUCAGUAG